UCCUGCCAAACUGUUACCCUGAGUGUUACCGUCAGGAGCAAUGACAUCAGGAUUUUAAAACAACUUGUUAUUCGGGGAGUAAUCAGUUGCAAUUAGGCAUUAAUUAAGUAUUAUGAAAGUUGAUUAUUUAAGUGAAUUCGGCUUUCGACUCUCCGACUAUGAGUUUGGGACCAAGGAGCGGAGAAUGGAUCUUGGAACAGCUGAAGGCACCCGGUGCACCGACCCGCCUGCAGGCAAGCCUCCGAUGGCAGCCAAGCGCAAAGGCGGCCUGAAGCUCAACGCCAUCUGUGCCAAGCUGAGCCGACAGGUGGUCGUGGAGAAGGGGGCGGAGGCUGGCUCCCAAGCCGAAGGUAGCCCACUGCGUCCCAGGGACAGAGAGCGCAGUGGCCCUGAGUCUGGGGUGACCCGGGCUCCCCGGAGCGAAGAAGACAAGAGGCGGGCAGUGAUCGAGAAAUGGGUCAAUGGGGAAUACAGCGAAGAGCCCACGCCCACGCCAGUGUUGGGCCGCAUCGCCCGUGAGGGCCUGGAGCUGCCCCCCGAGGGCGUCUACAUGGUCCAGCCACAGGGCUGCAGCGACGAGGAAGACCACGCAGAGGAGCCCUCCAAGAACAGCAGCGCGCUGGAGGAGAAGGACUCGGGUGGCACAGCGUCGAAAGGCGACGGCGGCCCCGGUGCCAAGCAGGCUUCAGGAGAAGCCUCCUCUCUGAGGGACUACGCUGCCUCCACCAUGACGGAGUUCCUCGGCAUGUUCGGCUAUGAUGACCAGAACACGAGGGACGAGCUGACCAGAAAGCUCAGUUUUGAGAAGCUCCAUGCAGGCUCCACCCCGGAGGCGGCUUCCUCUUCCAUGGUGCCCACCUCCGAGGACGCCCUCAGCAAGCGGGCACGUUUCUCCAAAUACGAGGAAUACAUCCGUAAACUCAAGGCCGGCGAGCAGCUUCCCUGGCCAGCCCAUGGCAGCAAGGCUGAGGAUCGGGCAGGCAAGGAGGCGGUGGGCCCCUUGCCCAGCCUGCGGCUACCCAGCAACACUGCCCACCUGGAAACCAAGGCCACCAUCUUGCCGCUGCCGUCACACAGCAGUGUCCAGAUGCAGAACCUGGUGGCCCGCGCUUCCAAGUACGACUUCUUCAUCCACAAGCUGAAGACGGGUGAGACCCUGAGGCCUCAGAAUGGAAACACAUACAAGAAGCCGUCCAAGUACGACCUGGAGAACGUCAAGUAUCUGCACCUCUUCAAGCCGGGGGAGGGCAGCCCUGACAUGGGCGGGGCCAUCGCCUUCAAGACAGGCAAGGUGGGCCGCCCCUCCAAGUACGACGUCCGGGGCAUCCAGAAGCCGGGCCCUACCAAGGUUCCGCCCGCCCCCGGCCUGGGUUCUGCGCCCCUCACCAGUGUGCCCAGCGCUCCCAGCGCCCCUGGGCCAGGACCUGAGCCACCUGCCUCCCUGUCCUUCAACACUCCCGAGUACCUGAAGUCAACCUUUUCCAAAACAGACUCCAUCACCACGGGAACUGUCUCCACUGUCAAGAACGGAUUGCCCACAGAUAAACCAGCUGUCACCGAAGAUGUAAACAUUUACCAGAAAUAUAUUGCCAGGUUCUCAGGGAGUCAACACUGCGGCCAUAUCCAUUGCGCCUACCAGUACCGAGAGCAUUAUCACUGCCUGGACCCAGAGUGCAACUACCAGAGGUUCACAAGCAAGCAGGACGUGAUCCGACAUUACAACAUGCACAAGAAGCGGGACAACUCCCUGCAGCACGGCUUCAUGCGCUUCAGCCCGCUGGACGACUGCAGUGUCUACUACCACGGCUGCCACCUCAAUGGGAAGAGCACCCACUACCACUGCAUGCAGGUGGGGUGUAACAAGGUGUACACAAGCACCUCGGAUGUGAUGACCCACGAGAACUUCCAUAAGAAGAACACCCAGCUCAUCAAUGACGGCUUCCAGCGCUUCCGAGCCACUGAGGACUGCGGCACGGCUGACUGCCAGUUCUAUGGACAGAAGACCACACACUUCCACUGCAGGCGCCCUGGCUGCACGUUCACCUUCAAGAACAAGUGUGACAUCGAGAAACACAAGAGCUACCACAUCAAGGAUGACGCCUACGCCAAGGACGGCUUUAAGAAGUUCUACAAAUACGAGGAGUGCAAGUACGAGGGCUGUGUGUACAGCAAGGCCACCAACCACUUCCACUGCAUCCGCGCCGGCUGCGGCUUCACCUUCACCUCCACCAGCCAGAUGACGUCACACAAGCGCAAGCACGAGCGCAGGCACAUCCGCUCCUCGGGCGCCCUGGGGUUGCCGGCCUCGCUGCUGGGCGCCAAGGACACGGAGCACGAGGAGUCCAGCAACGACGACCUCGUGGACUUCUCUGCCCUGAGCAGCAAGAACUCCAGCCUGAGCGCCUCCCCCACCAGCCAGCAGUCUUCUGCGUCCCUGGCCGCCGCUGCCUCUGCCACUACCGCCGAGGCCGUACCCGGUGCCGCCAAGCCUCCCAGUAGCAAGAUGGCAGGCCUGCUGCCCCAGGGCCUGUCUGGUUCCAUUCCCCUGGCACUGGCCCUCUCCAACUCAGGCCUACCCACAACCGCACCCUACUUCCCUCUCCUCCCUGGCCGGGGGAGCACCUCACUACCUGUGGGAUCUCCAGGGCUCCUGGGCGCCAUGUCCUCUGUGGCCACAACUUCAGCGACCCCUGACAUGCCAGCUCUGGUGGCUUCCGGAGCGGGAGACUCAGCCCCCACGGCUGCCUCCUCUCUCCCAGUGCCCCCUGCCUCCAUCAUGGAAAGGAUCUCCGCGAGCAAAGGCCUCAUCUCACCCAUGAUGGCUCGACUGGCCGCGGCCGCCCUCAAACCCUCUGCCACCUUUGACCCAGGAAGUGGGCAGCAGCCCACCCCCAGCAAGUUCCCCCAGGCCCAGGUGAAGCAGGAAGCAGGUGACAGCACUGCCACCCCAGGCCCCCACGAGGCCUCCCAAGAUCGCAGUCUAGACCUGACUGUGAAGGAGCCCAGCAAUGAAUCAAAUGGCCAUGCAGUCCCGGCAAAUUCAUCUCUUUUAUCCUCGCUUAUGAAUAAGAUGUCUCAGGGCAACCCAAGCCUGGGAAACCUGCUGAACAUCAAGGCAGACUCGGAGGGGAGCCCCGCUGUGGAGCCCUCGCCUUUCUUGGGCAAGGCUGUGAAGACCCUGGUUCAAGAGAAGUUGUCAGAGCCCUGGAAGGUGUAUCUCCGCAGGUUUGGUACCAAGGACUUCUGCGAUGCCCAGUGUGACUUCCUCCACAAGGCCCAUUUCCACUGCGUGGUGGAGGAAUGCGGGGCGCUUUUCAGCACCCUGGACGGGGCCAUCAAGCAUGCGAACUUUCACUUCCGGACGGAGGGAGGAGCAGCCAAGGGAACUACAGAGGCUUCCUUCCCAGCCUCUGCCGCCGAGACCAAACCUCCCUUGGCGCCCUCGUCCCCGCCAGCACCUCCUGGCACCAUGGUCCCUGGAUCUUCUCUGGAGGGGCCCACUCCCAGCCCAGUCUCUGUGCCCUCCACCCCCACCCUGCUCGCCUGGAAGCAGCUGGCUUCCACGAUACCCCAGAUGCCUCAGAUCCCCUCGUCAGUGCCUCACCUGCCCUCCUCGCCCCUGGCGACGACGUCUCUAGAGAGCGCCAAGCCUCAGGUCAAACCCGGGUUCCUCCAGUUCCAGGACAACGAUCCAUGCCUGGCGACGGACUGCAAAUAUGCCAGCAAGUUCCACUUCCAUUGUCUCUUUGGGAACUGCAAGUACGUCUGCAAGACCUCGGGCAAGGCUGAGUCCCACUGCCUGGACCACAUCAACCCCAGCAACAGCCUGGUGAACGUGCGAGACCAGUUCGCUUACUACUCUCUGCAGUGUCUGUGUCCCAACCAGCACUGUGAGUUCCGGAUGCGGGGACAUUACCACUGCCUCCGGACGGGUUGCUACUUUGUCACCAACAUCACCACCAAGCUUCCAUGGCAUAUAAAGAAACACGAGAAAGCUGAGCGGCGGGCGGCCAAUGGAUUCAAAUACUUCACCAAGCGUGAGGAGUGCGGGAGACCAGGCUGCAAGUACAACCAGGUGAAUAGCCACUUCCACUGCAUCCGGGAAGGCUGCCAGUUCUCCUUCCUCCUCAAGCACCAGAUGACCUCACACGCCCGGAAACACAUGCGGAGGAUGCUGGGGAAGAACUUUGACCGUGUGCCCCCAUCCCAGGGUCCCCCAAGCCUGAUGGAUGCUGAAACGGACGAGGGCAUGGAUUACACUGGCUGUAGCCCCGGGGCUGCGUCCUCCGAGUCGUCCACCGUGGACCGCAGCUGCUCCAGCACCCCCGUGGGCAACGAGAGCACCGCGGCAGGGAACACCAUCUCCAUGCCUACAGCCUCAGGGGCCAAAAAGCGCUUUUGGAUCAUCGAGGACAUGUCUCCCUUUGGCAAGCGGAGGAAGACAGCCUCCUCUCGCAAGAUGCUGGACGAAGGCAUGAUGCUGGAGGGCUUCCGGCGCUUCGACCUCUACGAGGACUGCAAGGACGCGGCCUGCCAGUUCUCUCUCAAGGUCACCCACUACCACUGCACGCGGGAGAACUGCGGCUACAAGUUCUGCGGGCGCACGCACAUGUACAAGCACGCACAACACCACGACCGCGUGGACAACCUGGUGUUGGACGACUUCAAGCGCUUUAAGGCCACGCUCAGCUGCCACUUCGCAGACUGCCCGUUCUCGGGCACCAGCACGCACUUCCACUGCCUGCGCUGCCGCUUCCGCUGCACCGACAGCACCAAGGUCACCGCGCACCGCAAGCACCACGGCAAGCAGGACGUGAUCAGCGCCGCCGGCUUCUGCCAGUUCAGCUCCAGCGCGGACUGCGCCGUGCCCGACUGCAAGUACAAGCUCAAGUGCUCGCACUUCCACUGCACCUACCCGGGCUGCCGCCACACGGUGGUGGGCAUGUCGCAGAUGGACUCGCACAAGCGCAAGCACGAGAAGCAGGAGCGCGGGGAGCCUCCCGCAGCCUCGCCCGGCGCGCCUGUCAACCUGGACGGCUCGCUGACACUGGCCGCGGAACCGGGCUCGCUGCUCUUCCUGCAGACGGCGGCUACGGGCCUGGGCCUGCUGGGGGACACGGGGGACCCCGGCCCGCCUGCCACCAUCCCCGGGCCUCGCGACGGUCCUGCCACGCCCGCCCCCGCCGCCUCUGCCACCAUCACCGCAGGGGAGUCCUCCCAGGAGGACGAUGAGGAGGAGCUGGAGCUGCCCGAGGAGGAGGCUGAGGACGACGAUGAGGACGACGACGAAGAGGACGACGAAGACGAUGAGGAAGAUGAUGAUGACGACGACGAGGACCUGCGCACCGACUCGGAGGAGUCGCUGCCCGAGGCUGCGGGCGAGGCGGGCGCGCGGACCCCGCUGGCGGCCCUGGGUGGCCCCGGCCCGGCGCCCACCGCCACGUCGUCACCCUAGCUGCUGCGCCACUCCAGUCCCCUCUGGAACUGCUCUCUGUAUGUGAACCCCCUGUGUACAGACCCCGCUGGGCCGUCCCAGGGAGGGAGGCGCCCUGGCCCCGCCGGUGCUUCCGGACCCCGAGUCCGUCUCAGGGCAGAGGCGGGGACCCCUCUGGUGCUCCGGGUCGCCAGCGCCCUCCCGGCCCGCCCGAGAGGGUGUUCAGGGAAUAGCAGGUGCUGUGUCCGCGUGGCGACGCUGGCCUGCGCUCCUCUGGGUGCCCACACGCGAGGUCCCUGUUUGCUCAGGGGCUCCCCGCGGGGGUCACCGGGUUGCGGGGCGGCAGGCACCUGUAGCAUCUGGCAGGGCCCCCCAAUGCAGCUAAGACCUCCCCCUAACUUGGGGGAGGGCGGGCCGAAGACGGCCAGCAUCAGCACCGGUGACACUACAGGGACUUAGGGACUUGGAGGGACUCUCAUGGAAUCAGCAGGAGUCGGCAUCCCCGCCCCCAGCUGUGGUCCGGGUCUGGUGACUCUCAGGCCCCAGCCCCACACACCCUCCAGUGACCCACAGCAGGCACGGCUAGUGGGGGCCUGGAGGCGAGGGUCUCAGCCACUCUGGUGCAAACAGGAAGGGUGCGACUGGUUUUGGCUUUAAUAAUCAAAAUGGGGGGGGGGGACCCAAGAAAGUUGUACAGUAUUUUUCCUGUAAAGGUUAUUAUUCUACAUAGAACAAAAAGAGAAGAAAAUAAAUAAACAAAGCAGGUGGGUGCGUGGGAUCCGAGCCCUGCCUCCAGACCAGCCCUGGGAUUGGGGACCUGAGUGCAAUUUCUCCUAUGGAAUUGUUUAGCAUUUAUUUUAGAGGCCUCAGUUUGAGGCUUUGUCUUCACACUAGCACUGCUGGGGGCUGCGUGAUUCCAACUUUUAACUUGAAUUUUGUAAAGACAAGGAAAAAAACCGACUAUUCUCUUGAUACAAGUUUGUAGCUAAUUUAACAUUUGAGGGGUUUUCUGUUGGUUAUGCGUGUGGCUUUAUAGGGCUUUUUUUUUUCUUGUUCCAGUUUUAUUAUCUUGUUUGGGAUGCUUUUGUGCUGGUGCAGUCCACCCAGAUUUGGUUCCUUCUCCAAAACACCCCUUCCUGGAGGCAAUAAGGCCACCUCCGCUCAGCACAGGGCUCACGCUGCAGGCACAUACAUGGCCAGCAGCUACUCCAGUCCCCAGUAGGGGCAGGCUGCCUGAUGCCAGGCUUGUGGUGUUAACCUGUGCACUGCAGAUCCUGGUCUGUGCCAGGCUGGAAGACAACAGGCCAACCCAGCAAGCAAUGGAGGGGUGACACUGCCACCAGGAAGCCCUCCCACACAUCUUCAAGGGGGGGCCUGCCCAAGUGGACAGUGGCUUUCUUUAUCUGUCUCCAGAUGUGUGUGUGUGUGUGUGCCCGUGUGUGCGUGUGCCCGUGCGAGCGUGCGUGCACGUCCCCUCUUGGUUUCCCACAGCCAGAAAGCCAGGACCACCUGAACUGGAGGGCGAGCAGGGGGUGCACAGCGGUAAGACGGGAGUCCCCAGUCCAACAGGAAGCGCGCUGAUUCCUAGACAGCCCCUGCCAGAGCCUCCAUGCUGCUGCUGAGAGUUCGCCCAGAGUCUGACCGACCGCAGGACCCUGCCUCUGUGGAAGGAGUUUUGUAAAGGAAAAAAAAACAAAAUAAAAUAAAACAAAAUAAACAAUUUUCAAUGUAGCAAAAUCAAACAAAAAAUUAAAAAAGGAAAAAAAAAAAGAGAAGAAGACGCGGAGAGUGCGAAGUCUAGCCUUUUGUAAAGCUUCAUAUUGCACAUUAGGACUAUAAGCCAUUGCUAGCUCAUUUUGAAUUUUAAUGUGUAAUUUUUGUUUUAUUUUCUUUCUGUGAGGAAAAUGAUGCCUGAUCCACCAAUGCUCUUUUUAAUGUUUUAUAACUAUGUAUGUGUAUAUAUAUAAAUAUAAAAGUAAUAUGUAUGCACAUAUGUGUGUAUAUAUCUAUAUGUAUAUACAUAUAUAGAUAUAUAGAGAUAUAUAGAGAGGUUUUGAGACAAAAAAAAAGCAGACCGUGAAAGCGAACUGAACAGCGCGUGCCCUGAUUACUUGAAUCUGGUCUCCUCGGCACCUGGUUAUUAAGAACUGAAUAUUUUUCCACUUGAAUUUAGUGCUAUUAGAAA